UCUCUGAUCGACCCGGGCUAGAUACUGUUGCGCACCUGCCCCGACUGAGAAAGAACCCGUGGGCCAGUCCCAUGGACCGAGCUGAUAGAGCUCAGAGUUUCUAGAAUUGUGCGUUGUAUAAGCGGCGAAGCGUCUGACAAUCCUUGAGAGUCGGUGCGCUGGUGACUGGGAUGACAUAAUUUGUCUAGUCAAACAAGCCAGGGCCAGGACUGCUGCUGUUCGUUAGGCCGGAGGCCUCCUUGUACCUUCCCAGGCUCGCCACCUGGUUCUUAUAUGCCGUCCCGACAGAGCUUUCCAUCUAUCGAUCUUCUCCUCCUCCUCCUUCCUCUCUGGAUCCUCCUCUUCUCCUCUGAUCAUCACUUCUCCAUUUCGGUGGCGAGACAUCGUCCUUUCUGCUCCUGGUGAUCACACCAAAGCUGCCAAUUUGACCACGUACUCUGCUGCUCGUCAAGAAGUUCCUUGAUUUCGUCCGAUCCACUUUCAUCCUCUCGUUUAGACACCCCGAUUCUGCAGAGACUCCCGUUCACUCGCCUUCACUGUCUGUUGUCCGGAGCCGAUGAUCGGUAUCUAAAAGUGGUGUCAACCGUGCUUCAGGAGGUUCUAUAGAUUGGGCAAAAAUGCAGCGCAUGACAAGUAUGAGGGAACGGGUCCACGACAGUCUAGGAGAGCACAGAAAUCUUUUUGUAUCUCUCUUGUCCAAGUAUGUCGCUUUGGGACCGUCCAUUCUACAACCCCAUCAACUACUGGACCAGCUUGCAGCUUGUAUUUCGGAUUGCGAGGACUAUUCCAAAUUGAAAGAUGGACCUUUCGGACGCGUUCUGGAGUGUAGCCAGGAGGCAAUUGUGCUACCUCCUUUGGUGGGAUUUGCUGUCCGGCCCAAGCCUGGUUUCUGGGAGUAUCUGCAGGUCAAUGUAGAUGACCUUAGUGUGGAGCAGCUUACAGUCUCAGAAUAUCUGGAGUUCAAAGAACAACUUACUAAUGGGGACAAGAAAGACAACUUCGUCCUGGAGUUGGACUUCGAACCAUUUGGUGCUGAGUUUCCUCGCCUCACUAGGCCAUCCUCUGUUGGAAAUGGUGUACAAUUCCUUAAUCGCCACCUGUCAUCGUCGUUGUUUCGUGGUGCGGACAGCAUGCAACCAUUGUUCGAGUUUUUGAAGAUUCACAGGAACCGCCAGGAGCUUCUGAUGCUGAAUGAAAGAAUUCCAACUUUGGACAAGCUUCGACCUUCACUGCUCAAAGCAGAGGACAUGCUUCAGAAGCUCCCCGAGGAUACCCCCUACAAGGCUGUGGCCUCCAAGCUGCAGGACCUUGGACUGGAGAAGGGAUGGGGAGAUACAGCUGGGAGAGUUUUAGAAAUGAUCCGUAUGCUCUUCGACAUCCUACAGGCUCCAGAUCCGGAUACCCUCGAAAAGUUCUUGGGUCGCAUUCCUAUGGUUUUCAGCGUUGUAAUUUUAUCCCCUCACGGCUACUUCGGACAAGCGGGAGUUCUGGGGUUACCCGACACUGGAGGACAGAUUGUGUACAUUUUGGAUCAAGUGAAAGCACUAGAAGCGGAGAUGCUGCUCAAGAUAAAACAACAAGGCCUUGAAGUUACUCCACAAAUUUUAGUGGUUACCCGUUUAAUCCCUGAUUCUCAAGGGACCUCGUGCAACAAACGGCUUGAAAAGAUCCAUGGCACGCAGCAUUCCUCUAUUCUUCGUGUUCCCUUCCGCAACGAGGAGGGAAUACUUCGGAAGUGGAUAUCUCGUUUUGAUGUCUACCCGUACCUCGAAAGGUUUACUGAGGAAGUGAACACUGAAAUUCGUGCUGAGCUGGCGGGGAAACCGGAUCUGAUUAUUGGCAACUACAGCGAUGGAAAUCUUGUGGCCUCACUUCUUUCUCACAAGCUUGGAGUUACUCAGUGUAACAUCGCUCAUGCCCUGGAGAAGACCAAGUAUCCAGAGUCAGACAUAUUCUGGAAAAAGUUCGAAGAGAAGUACCACUUCUCGUGUCAGUUCACUGCGGAUCUGAUAGCUAUGAAUCACGCCGAUUUCAUCAUUACCAGUACAUAUCAGGAAAUCAUGGGGAGCCAAGACGUGGUCGGACAAUAUGAGAGUCAUUCCGCCUUCACGAUGCCAGGAUUGUACCGAGUGGUCAAAGGUAUCGAUGUAUUCGACCCGAAAUUCAACAUCGUCUCUCCUGGAGCAGACAUGGACAUUUACUUCCCUUACACCGAUACGGACAGGCGGUUGACAGCCCUCCACCCGGAUAUCGAAGAGCUUUUGUACAGUGAGGUGCAAAACGAAGUCCACAUAGGUGUGCUGAAGGAUAGGAAGAAGCCCAUGAUUUUCUCGAUGGCUCGGCUGGAUCAAGUUAAAAACAUGACCGGGCUGGUGGAAUGGUAUGGCAAGAACAAGAGACUUCAAGAGUUGGCUAACCUGGUUCUCGUCGCCGGAGAUAUUGAUCCAAGCAAAUCGAAAGAUCGGGAGGAAGUGAAAGAAAUUCAGAAAAUGCACGAACUCAUGAAGACAUAUGAUCUGUUCGAUAACUUCAGGUGGAUACAGGCACAGAGAAAUAGAGUCCGAACUGGCGAACUAUAUCGCUACAUUGCAGACACUGGGGGUGUGUUUGUGCAGCCCGCUUUGUACGAAGCCUUCGGACUGACUGUGGUGGAAGCUAUGACCUGUGGACUUCCCACCUUCGCCACCUGUCAUGGAGGACCUGCUGAGAUCAUCGAGCACGAGAAAUCAGGGUUCCAUAUUGACCCAUACCACGGUGAUGAGGCAAGCGCAAUGUUGGUCACCUUCUUUGAGCGUUGCUUAGCUGACGACAAGUACUGGAAUACGCUUUCAGAUGCUGGACUCGAGCGCAUCUACAGCAGGUUCACGUGGAAGCUGUACGCCGAAAGAUUGAUGACCCUUGCUGGGGUUUACAGCUUCUGGAAAUAUGUCUCCAAGCUCGGCAGAAGAGAAUCUCGGCGUUACAUCGAGAUGUUUUACAUCUUGAAGUACAGAGAGCUGGUCAAAUCUGUUCCGUUGUCAAGCGACGAGGAGGACGUGGAGGAAAAACAGAAGCAUCGAAACGCAAUACAACCCGACCCACUGCCCGUCGGAACUGGCAUUGUGAAAAAAGCUUAAUUGCAGCACCGAGGGCCGGGAAAAGGGCUGUAUCUCUAUCUUAUUUGCGACUUUUCAAUUCGUGUUGGCCCAUGCAGGGCAGAGAUAUAGCGAUCAUGUCGGCUGCGAGAAUUUCCAGGCUUAUUAUCGAUGGUCGGGCGGCCAACUUCUCAAUAUUUGGCGUAGAGUUCUUGUGAUUAUGCCAGCCGUAGGCACGGGCUCGUUCCUCCGAUUUUGCGGACUGAGGUUACGGUGGACCACGUCGGCGUCCGCCAGCGUUUCUUGACGCAAAAGUUUGUACUAUGGUUGAUGUGUUCGAAGAUAUUCUGUGAGCACAAACGCUUUUUGGGCCAUUUUUCCCUCGACCGGCCAGAUUCGGUUUCCGGUAGUUGCCCACGGAAUCAGUUUUCAAUCUUGUGUAUAGAUCUUCGUCUUGUAGUGUUUCAGUGAUUUGUACGUGAAUGUUGUAAAAUAAAAGUUACCAUUUUUUGGAAAGCCA